AUGUAUAAUUUAAGCUUAAAAAAUGUGACAUUCAUUGUUUGCAUUGUCCUAGUCAUUUGUUCUUCUAACAUGGAGACUUGUAAUGCAAGAAGAGUUGGAAGACAUUGGAGACAAUCUCUGUACAAAAAAAAGGGAAAAAGCCAUAGCUCAAGUCACAAAGGUUACAAGUACAAACACAAAACCCGGCCUCCAUUGCCGCCAGCUGGAGCUGUAAAAAGCCCUCCUCCGGCAGUUCCACCGCCGUCAUUGCCGCCAGCUGGAGCUGUGAAAAGCCCUCCUCCGGCAGUUCCACCGCCACCAUUGCCGCCACCGGAAGUUGGUCCUAUUCAAGAAAAUGAACAUAAUGUUUUUCAUGUCUUGGAUUUUGGAGCCAAAGGUGAUGGAAGCACAGAUGACACCAAGGCAUUCCAAGCUGCGUGGGCAGCUGCUUGCAAGGUUGAAGCCUCUGUAAUAAAUGUUCCCGCAGAAUAUGUAUUUCUGGUGGGCCCCAUUUCGUUUUCCGGCCCAUACUGUCAGCACAACAUUGUUUUUCAGUUGGAUGGCACAAUAAUUGCCCCCAAAAGCUCGGGCCCUUGGGGUUCGGGCCUUCUCCAAUGGCUCGAGUUUUCCAAACUUGUCGGGCUCACAAUCAAAGGGAGCGGCUUAAUAGAUGGAAAUGGGGCCGUUUGGUGGGAAAGCUCUCCUUUUGACGAAGAUCCUCUUGAUGAUCAAGCCAAAUUAAUCUUCCCUUUGAACUCCACAAUUAUCACACAAAAGCCUCCAAUGCCCAUAGAAAGCUCGCUUGGUGGCAAAAUGCCGAGCAUAAAACCGACUGCACUUAGGUUUUACGGGAGUUUUAAUGUAACAGUCACUGGCAUCACAAUCCAAAACAGCGCGCAGUGCCAUCUAAAGUUUGACAACUGCAUUGGAGUGUCUGUGUACAAUUUUACGGUUUCGUCCCCGGGCAACAGCCCAAAUACUGAUGGAAUACAUUUGCAGAACUCCAAAGAUGUGCUCAUUCGCAGCUCAAAUCUUGCUUGCGGGGACGAUUGUGUAUCGAUACAAACGGGAUGCACAAACGUGUACAUACACAACAUUAAUUGUGGCCCUGGACACGGCAUUAGCAUUGGAGGACUCGGAAAAGAUGACACAAAGGCUUGCGUGUCAAACAUAACCGUCCGAGAUGUCAUAAUGCACAACACCAUGAAUGGAAUCAACUAUGAGAACAUACGCGGAACUUACACUGUAAAACCCCUUCACUUUGCGUGCAGUGAUAAUGUCCCCUGUACGGAUGUCACCCUCACGAACAUUAAACUAACUCCACAACAAGAGGGUUACCACAUGAUUAACGACCCCUUUUGCUGGCAGACUUUCGGCCAGCUUUUCACUCCCACAUUCCCUCCGGUUCUGUGCUUGCAGAUUGGAAAACCGUCUAGCAACAAGAUUUUGGGUGAUCAUGAUUCUUGUUGA